AUGGGUUUUGCGCACAACAACGUCCUUCACGCCAACCAUUUCCGCAAGGACUGGCAGCGCCGAGUUCGCACUUGGUUCGAUCAGCCUGGCCGCAAGCUCCGCCGUCGCAAUGCCCGCAAGGCUAAGGCCACCACGCUCGGUGUCCGCCCACUCACUCUCCUGCGACCCGCCGUCCGUGGCCAAACCGUCCGCUACAACAGAAAACUCCGCGAGGGCCGUGGCUUCACUCUCGCUGAGCUCAAGGAGGCGGGUGUUGGAAAGAAGGAGGCUCGUGGCGUUGGCAUCGUGGUUGACCACCGAAGGAGAAAUCUCAGUCAGGAGGGCAAGACGGUGAAUGUAGAGCGAUUGAAGGCCUACAAGGCCCGUUUGAUCGUGUUCCCAAGAAAGGCCGGCAAGCCCAAGAAGGGCGACUCAUCGCCCGACGACCUCACCGCGGAGACCACCCGUGCCCCCCUCCCUCUGCCAACAGCAUACCCUGCCGAAUCACCCCGAAAGAUCACCGAUGAGGAACGUGAGUUUGAUGCUUACAAGACCCUCCGCCACGCCCGCGCCAACAAGAGAUACGAGGGCGCACGAAAACUCCGCGCCGCAAAGAAGGAGGAAGAGGAGGCUGCCAAGAAGAAGUAA